GGGUAGAAAAGUCACCUCAAUCUGUGUUACAUGGAAAAACGUCCGCCGCGUACAUCCGCCGGGUUGCACGCCCCGCUGUAGUUCCUAGCCGUCACCAGCCCCAUCUAAUCUCAUUGUACCGGUGUCCCAAUGAAGGUGAGCGUGGUGUUGCGUCGUUCUCUGUUUACCUGGAGACACCUGUGCUCGUGUUGUUAACACACACACACACAUUCACGCCCGCCCUCUGGCCGAGAGAGGACGAAAAACCAGACUGCUGCAAGGAUGAAGGGGCUCCCGGUGCUGUCCUUGCUCCUUUGGAUGUGUGCGGUGUACUUCGUUGGCAUCUACCUGUUCGUGGGCGGAUUCCUGCUGGUGAGGCUGGAGGUGAACAGGACCAGCACCUGCGGAGACGUGCUGCAGCCCGGAGAGGAGCCGGGGGACUUCUGCCGGGCCGAGCCGCGGUUCCGCAGGGCCGUCCUCCUCAUCAUUGACGCCCUCAAGAUUGACUUCGCUCGGUUUGACCCCAACAACACGGAGCCCAAACCCUACGAGAACAAGCUGCCCGUGCUGGAGGAGACCGUCUCAUUCAGGCCUUCUCACGGCCGCCUGUACCCUUUUCGUGCUGACCCACCUACGACCACCAUGCAGAGGAUCAAGGGCUUCACCACGGGCUCCCUGCCUACCUUUGUGGACGUGGGGAAUAACUUUGCAUCCAGUGCCAUCUUGGAGGACAACCUCAUUCACCAGUUUGGGCAAGUGGGCAAACGAGUGGUGUUCAUGGGCGAUGACACUUGGGAGAAUCUUUUUCCUAAGAGGUUCCACCGCUCUCUGCCCUUCCCUUCGUUCAACGUCAAGGAUCUGCACACUGUGGACAACGGGAUCCUCCAGCACCUCUACACAACUAUGGUGGGGGACGACUGGGAUGUCCUGGUCGCUCAUUUCCUUGGAGUGGAUCACUGUGGUCACAGGUUUGGUCCCGACCACCCAGCCAUGGCCGACAAGCUCACCCAGAUGGACGGAGUCAUCAGGUCUGUGAUUGACCGUCUGCACAAUGACACCCUCUUAGUCGUGAUGGGAGAUCAUGGGAUGACGGACACUGGAGAUCAUGGUGGAGAAAGUCAGAAGGAAACCGAUGCUGCCAUCUUCCUCUACAGUCCUUCCCCUCUGUUUCCCACGCCGCCCUCCCAGAGUGAACCGGACGUGGUGCCACAGACAGACUUGGUGCCCACCCUGGCUCUGCUGCUUGGAGUUCCCAUCCCGUACAGCAACGUGGGGCAGGUUCUCCUGCCUUUGUUUCCUUCUCACGGGCAGACGGAAGGCGCAGUUGGAGUUCCCAGCCAGCUGGAGGCGCUGUGGAUCAACGCAAAACAGGUGAACCGUUUCCUAGAGACGUACUCUGGCAUGGCCAAAGACAUCCCACCGGAGAGCCUCUCUCAGCUGAAGGAUGAAUUCUCCCGCCUCUCCUCGGAAUACCUCAGCACGGUUAGAGAGGGCCGGUCACCCUCCCCAAAGCUGGCCGCCUCCCUGCAGGCCUACCUCACCUCUGUCAGAGACACCUGCCGAGCCACCUGGGCUCGAUUCAACCCGCUCAAAAUGGCAGCAGGUUUAGCCAUCCUGGCGUUUGCCUGCCUGACGUGUUUCAUACUGUCUGAGCUGUCCCUCGUGCUGAUUAGGGAGAACGGUCCCGGACUGAAGGCCCCGGUUGUCGUGGCACUAAUGAUAGGGGGCUGUGUGGCUGCAGGUCAGCUGCUAACACAAGGCUAUAUCGAGACAGCGUGGUGCCUGGCAGCUGCAGCCCUCAGCUCUGAACUUCUCUUCCUCUGGAGAGCCCGUCGAUCCAGAACUGUUACAGUGGCGAAUAAUGGAUCCAAAGCUCCAAAGUACACUAGCUGGCUGACCCCACGCAGCCUCCUCGUCCCCCCUCUCUUAGUGCCGCUCCUCCGCUGUGCCUCCCUACUCUCGGAUAGCUACGUGAUUGCCGAAGGCCGGGCCGUGACCUUUCUGGUCUUCUCUCUGGCUCUCUAUAUUCCUAUCCAUCUCAACUGGGAUGGCCUGCUCUUACCCCCCAGCCAUGACCCACUAAAGGCUGCAGGACUGCUGCCUUCCGCAGCCUUGUCCCCAUCGACUGUGAGGAAAGAAAGCAGCACCCUCCUGGGCUGCUUAGGGCUUCUUAUUGGAAGUCUCUACCUCUCCCUCUCCUUCCAUGGCUGUCGGGAAGAACAGGGCUCCUGCCAGCCGUCCCCGUUCCUCUCGCCUCUUUCCCGGCUGCAGGACAGCCAGCUGAAGAACCUCCACUACAUCCUCUCUGUCUGCUCCCUGGGCUUGUGGACAUAUCUGCUGAGACGCUGCCUCCGCCACUACGGUAACCUCAACUCCUCAGGUGGGACGGUGUUCACGGCCCGUUGGAUCCUACCACUGCUGUCUGUGUCUCUGGGGCUCCACUGGGCUGUUAGUGCCACUCCAGAGGACAGCUUUAGGAAUCUGGCCGAGCUGAUCAGCCUGGCCCAGCUGGCCCUACCCAGGGCCGCCUUCUUUCUCCUGGCACUGGGGCUGCUCUUGAUCUGGCUGGACCCCCUCACUGUGUUUGUGAAGACCAGGGCCCCAGCUACAGCCAGAGGUCCGUCCCUACCCCCGCCCCGCUACCGAGCCAGCACCGGCAUCAGCCCCCAAGCCGAGCUGCACCAUCUCAUCCCCCAGAUCUACCAGCGCAUGCGUCGUUCCUUGGACGACGGAGAGGUGAGCGGGGGUGGUGAGGCGGACAACAGGCCCGCUGUGGAGGCCUACGGACUGGGAACUGUCUACUCCGCCCCUUUGCUGCUGUUUUGUGGCCUGCUGGGAAUUGGUCUGCUGCUGCUGCACCCAGAGGGCAUGGCUCUGUCUUUCCUCCUGCUGUUACUUGAAAUGGGGGCACUGUUGCACAUUCACGCCUCCUCCACUACCCUCAGCGGGCUGCACGGAACAUAUACUGGUGGCUUUUAUGUGCCCUGGACUCCAAUCGUGCUGUGGUCUCUGGCCGCCACGCAGUUCUUUCAUGCCACAGGUCACCUUCCCACCUUUCCCUCAAUCCAGUGGAGCGCCGCCUUCGUGGGAUUCCCUGACGGACACACAGGCACCAUACUGCCCGCCUCGCUGGUCACCCUCAACACCUUUGCCUCACACAUCUUGUUCGCAGUGGGUUGUCCGUUGCUGCUGUUCUGGCCUCUGGUGUGCGAGGUACGCGGCAACAGGGGAGGGAGAGCAUGCGGGGAAGAAGGAGAGGACGCCGUGAUGGAGAUGAGACUGAGAGAAAACCCCCAGCAGUUCAGCUCCGCUCUUCUGCAACUCUCAACACGCUACCUCUUUAUUCUCGGAGCACAGGUCUUUGCUUCAGUCUGUGCAGCUGCUAUCCUCAGGAGACACCUAAUGGUGUGGAAGGUUUUCGCACCCAAGUUAAUGUUCGAGGCCUCAGGGUUCCUGGUGAGCAGUCUGUCCCUACUGAUCGGGGUCACACUAGUGCUGAGAGUAGACGUGGCCGUGGGCCGCUGGUUUAAGAGACUCAUCCCAGAUGCAUCCAGGUAGCGACGGCGCUGCUGCUGCCGCUGCCGCUGCAUUACCACUGAAUCCCACCAGAGCUCACUGUGCCACAGAAGAAAAAAAAAUGGACAUGGUGGUUGCUGUAAAGUUUUUGUAUGAACGUUGCCAUCUAUGUCUAGCAUAAACAAAACAUGUCGCGUGAGGUUACUUCUUCCUGUAACUCUUUUGAGGGCUAUGACACUGAGGCUCACCUCCCUUUCAGCCAGAGGGGGGCUUUCAAAUCUUGGAUCGAUCGAACUCUGAGCAUCUGGACUCACAAAUGAAGAAUGAAGAUGUGUUAUUUGUUUUUGGGUUGUUGUUUUUUGUUUUUUUGUUGUUUUUUUUACGGCAAUGAUAUGAUAAGCUCGUACACCCCCUCACUCAGCUGAUGAGGUUGAAGGCUUUUUAGUAGCUCGAGAGAGAACGGCGGUGUCUGAAUGUUUCUCCUAAAUUCUUGUUUUCUAACUUGCAGUAUUGGAUGAAGCUUUCAAAGCUCUCCAAGCCAGUCUUGCAAGCGGUGGAUAGUGUCUCUAAAAGCGUCUCUAAAGUCGUGUAAUAAACAGUUUACACUAGCUACGCCUGUCACAGCUGGCUAGCAACUCCGGCAUUCAGACUAAAUUAGCCUUGAGGCUUCAUAACUGAGGCUGGCAGACAUGUUUGUGCAACAAAACGGCUGGUUUAAAAAAAAAUAGGAAUAGAAAUGGAGAAAAAAAAACAACUGGCUGACACUUCCAGUGAUUUACAACCAAUUUAUGACUCUUCAGCUACAGCAUGACCACUUCAGAGCCAAUCUGUCACCCGAUGUCUCGAGCUGCUUCACGAUCGACUUGCAAACAGGUCUACUUCGUUCGGUGAAUCCCAUCCAAGUGCAUUACAGUACGUCUGUCAUCUAAGUGUCUGCUGGAGGAACUUUUUUUGUAUUUUUUGUACUGCCAAGACGUUAAAUAACCAGUGUGUCUGGUUACUGCCAAUUCAUAUUACUGCGCAGUAUUUUUUUUCGGGUUCCUAAUCUCUUGUCUUUUUGUUUUUUUUUAAGGUUUUGAUUCCUAACUCUAAUGCCUAUUUAUAAUUCAGAUAUUUUUUAAUCAAUGGUUUGUUUAUAUCUCAAAUGAAAAUUUUGUCUUAAUUAGCACACCCUUUUUUCCCGGAAUACGUGCCUAGCUUUAAGUGAUGCCUUUUUUUGUUUUUCCUUUUUUUUUGUCUAUGAUGUCAUUAAAUUGAUAGGGUCAUUAAAUCCUGGACCUCCAGAAACACGUAAAUUUAUUUCUGCAGGACGUCUCAAUCAAGUGUCCGGUGUAAGAUCUGUUACUGUUACUGCGGCUGUAGUCAGCAGCUAAAGCUCAUUAGCUAAUGCACGAUAUCAAAGGGAUGUUGAGCUCAGGUUGAAUUAGCUACAGUGCACUAGUACUGCAUUUCUCAGGCUGUUGUAUGGGAGUGACUGGUCAUUUAGAUUGGCUGCUGACACCAGCCCGAGUCAUGGUUUGGCUAGGUUGUAUGAUGACGGGACACUUUUUUUUCGUUUGUUUGUUUUCUCUGUUCUAAAAUGUUUAAUAUAUAAAUAACUGAUUAAUUAAGAUGAUUUUACAUUCUGUAAAAAAAAUGAAAUAAAACCUUUUUUUUACACAA